AUGAAGCUCCGGAGACUCUAUCUUCCUUUUCCUUGUUGCCUCCUGCUGAUGCUGGCGGGAGCGGAGCAGCCCGGGUUUGAUGUGAGCGUCUUGCCCGAAAACCCCGUGGUGGAACACGGAGGAUCUCUCUGGGUGAACUGUAGCUCCAGCUGCCCGGAGGACGAUGCCAGGGGCGACUUGGAGACGUCGCUUGUCGGGGAGAGGAAAGACAAUGGGAGCAACUGGGCGGCCUUCCAGCUGGCGAACAUCACGGAGUGGGCGCCCGCCCUAGAGUGCUCCUUCCGCUGUGGAGGAGAGCGCAAGGCUGUGCUGGCAAACAUCACGGUGUAUCGACUUCCAGAGCUUGUGGAGCUGGAUCCGGUGCCAGAGAUGGAGGUGGGAGAGAACUAUACCUUGACCUGCCGGGUUUCCAAUGUUGCCCCCAUCCGGAACCUGUCCGUGACCUUCCUCAAAGGGGGGGAGAAACUCCACCUGCAGAGAUUUGAGAAUCACAUUGAGCCCGAAGCUGACGACGUUGUGGUGAACCACACGGGGACUGCUCGACGGAUUGACCGUGGGGAGGAAAUCAGCUGCCGUGCGGCCCUGGAUUUGAGGCCGGAAGGGCCCCUCUUCGAAAAGGCCUCCGUCGAUCAAACGCUAACUAUCACGGCUUUCCCAGCAGACCCCCGGCUCCAAAUCCGACGCUACAUAGAGGCGGACGAAGAGACGUCUGCGACGUGCGAUGUGGUGGGAGUUUUCCCAGCCAACGAGACCCAGUUUGACCUCACCUUCAUGGGGACGGGGUUGAACUUCAGCGUCACGGUGUCGGGGGACACAGCCACGGCCCGAGCGAAGGUGUCCGUCCCAAAUGCGGGAGAAGCGAAGUUGAACUGCACGGUGUCCCUGGGGCCAGUGAUCAGAUCAGUAGCGGAAUCUGUGAAGGUUUACAGUUUUCCAAACCCCUCCUUGGAAAUCCAUCCUCCUCAGGCCUUUGCAAAUAAUCCCAUGACUGUCACAUGCGAUGCUCCGGCUACCCAACCACCAAAUGUUUCUCUUCGGAUUAAAAAUGCUUCCGGACGCAUCCUGGCCUCCGGAGAUCAGCUCCCCCUGCAGCUCAACCUGACGGCUCGGGGGGAAGACGACGGGAGGGAAUUGGCGUGUGAGGCAGACCUGGCCGUCGAUGGGAACGCCGUUGUCACAAAGCACACCUCCGCCAACCUGACUGUCUUCUGUAAGUACAUGGCUUCCCUUCCACUCACAAUUUGA